GAGCAAUGGCAGUCGUGUCUGGAGUGUCGAGUCGGGUGGACGUGUGCACCGCCCCUCUCAGCCACCACCGCCUCAACCACCUUCUGCACAUCAUAUUUACCGCGCACCGAGCCUAUUUCAAACCUCGCCUGGCGUACAUGACCCUCCCGAAAUUCACUCUUACCUAGCGUCUCAUUUAGUCAUUUAUCGGCGUCCUUCAGUCUGUAGUGGUAACGUAAAGUAAUCAUUUCGUGGCCUCCGUCAGUAGAUAUCAAGCGUCUCUGCUCCGUUCAUUCUGUAGCCUGACCAUCUCCCACCUGCGAGCACACUCCGUUCCUCGCGGCUAUUUUUACUCCGGGAGAAAAGUCUAGAGUGUUCCCGUGACAGGGUAGCGGUGGUGUAGCAGAGGGCACCGCGGAAAGUGUGCCCAGUCGGUGCUUCUAGUGCCUACAGUGAAGACUUCCCGCCACGCCCUCGCCUCCCGGCCCUUACCAGCCCUUACUAGACCUCCCGCAGCUCUCUCAGCAGCCUACAGUCACCCAAGGCUACCCUCUGCAUCACUUCAGGAGGAAAGGAAAGGUUUCUUCAAAAUGGACGACGAGCACCAAGACCCACUGCCUCAUCUCAAUAGGUCGAGGAAGAUGGUCGAGGACAAGGAUCGCCCGGGGUUCUUUAAGGAUUACCACAGGGCAGUUCGUAAAGCCAUAUCGAACGACCAGUUUAAUGAGUUUUCCAAGCUGAAGACCAACGAUGAGAGGAUUAGGUUUUGCUUCUCCCUGCCGGCCAUCCAUGAUAUCGAUAUUAAGUCAUACUUCAGAGGCAAAUCGGAGAAAGAGGCGCUUGAAAAGAAGGAGGCGGGAAAUAAAUGCUUCGGGCGCAAGAAUAAUUUGGAGGCGCUAAGGUUGUACAGCCAGGCGGUGGUUAAGGCUCCGGUGCCCUCUGGUAAAUAUUGGAAGUUAAUCAAGGAAAGUGCUGACCCUAAGAAGAUGACAAUGUAUGCUAUAUGUCUGGCCAACCGCUCUGCCGCCCUUUACCACUUGCGAGAGUACCACUACUGUGUGAAGGACAUUGAUGAGGCGCUGGAGCACCAUUACCCCAAGGAACUCAAGUACAAGUUGUACAAAAGGAAGGCACGUCUCCUAUCCCACAUGAAGCAACACGUAGAGGCUCGAGACGCCUACCGGCAAGCCCUCAAGUGGCUCGACUGGGCCAAGAUGGAGCGGGAAAAGAGGAUUGAGCAUCAAACAGAGAUACAAAAGUGGCUCAAGAUGUAUGAGACGGGGAAGGUGGUUAAGAACUGGGACAUCCCAGAGUGUUAUGUUGAGCACCCCCCAGUUAUCCCAGAGUUAACUGGUGGCAGAAAUGAGCGCUUCUUGUCCACAAGCAAGAAGAUUGACGUCCACUAUGACAACAAUAUGGGUCGCUAUGCUGUGGCAAGUGAAGACAUAGAGCCUGGGGAUGUGUUGGUCACUGAGGAGCCUUUUGCCUCUGUCCUGAAUAGGGAAGAGUUUGGGAGUCACUGCCAAAAAUGUUUCAAAACGACCAAGGCACCAAUACCUUGCAAGAAAUGCUCUUCAGUUCUCUUUUGCUCAGUGGAAUGUCGGCAGAAUUCUUUCUUCCAUACCAUUGAGUGUCCUAUCCUGGAUCUUCUGGUGGGGUCAGGCAUGUCCAUCAACUGCUUCCUUGCACUCCGUCUUGUGACACAAAAGCCAGUGUCUUACUUCCUAGACAUGAAAGAAAAACUCAAUGAGGAGGAUCUCAAGGAAAUCACCAACAACAAGGAGGUGUACGACCCCAGCGACUUCAUGCGCCUGUACAACCUGGUGUGUCACUCUCAGUUCCGCACGGCAGAGGAUCUCUUCCACCGUUGUGUCAUGAUUGUCUUCCUCAUCAAGGCACUGAAGAAGACAAAAUACUUUGACGGCAAAGGUUCCAGCUCGGGUGAUAAGAUCAAUGAUGUGGAGCUGUUCAUUGGAAGCCUUCUGCUGCGCUUCCUUCAGAUAGUGCAAUUCAAUGCUCAUGAAGUCUCUGAGUUCUGUCUGAUGAGUCCAAGGAGUUUGGAUGGUUCUAAAAAUGAGACUCUGGGAGCUGCCAUCUACCCCACUUUGGCUCUCUUCAACCACUCCUGCCACUCGGCACAAGUCAGGUAUUUCAGUGGCCAAAGGGUGAUCACCAAGGCAAUCAGAAACAUUCGUAAAGGAGAAAUAGUACCAGAAAACUAUGGACAGUCCUUCCCUUCUAAGAACAAGAUCCAAAGGAAGGCUGAGCUUGCUGACAGAUACUGGUUUGAAUGCAACUGUGAGGCUUGUCAGAAUGACUGGCCCAUGUACAAGGAUAUGGAUACCUCUGUCAUGCGCUUCAAGUGUCACAAAUGUCAUGGUCCUUUGAAUGUGAACACAGAGCAACUCCUUAAUCCAUUCAUCAAGUGUGAGAAGUGUGGCGAGCAGACCAACAUUCUCUCCACCCUGAAGAACCUGCAGAACACAGAGCAGACCUUCAAGGCUGCAUGUAAAGAGAUGGAUGCUUAUAACCUAGAAAAGGCUGAGGCACUCUUAGUUGAGAACUUGAAGCAGCUGGAGGCAUGCCUGUACCCACCUUACAGGGACUACCACCUCACCCAGGAAGCCUAUAUGAAAGUGUGCCUCUGUCAAGGAAACAUCAGGAUCAGGCAGCCCAAGACAGAGGAGUAGAUUCUUCAAGGCAUAACAACAUUUGAAGUCUGUUGAUAGAUAUACAGUUUUUAUUUGAUACAUUGAUUUAAUGUAGUAGUUUCUGUAUAAUAGUAGUGUUUAUAACUCUGAUGAGCAUAUAUACAAUCUGUAAUACUUAUUUUGAGGCUUUAUACGAUGUAUGCUGUUCAGAUUAUAUAAUGCUGUGCUAUGUAAGGUUCAGAUGUGUGUGUGUGUGUGUGUGUGUGUGUGUGUGUGUGUGUGUGUGUGUGUGUGUGUGUGUGUGUACAUGAAUUGGAUGGGUUAACAUGCCAGCAAGAUCUGUUGAGUGUUUCCUUGAAUGAUUCAUUGCUGUACUUUUCUUUUUUUUUUUUUUUUUUUUUUUCUUUUAAUAUCACAGAAAUAUUCUGCCACUUAAAGAUUUGAUUGAAAGUGAACAGUGCACACAAGAGAGCUGCCUCUGUAGAGGAGCCUUGGUUGCUCUCUGUCACAUGCACUUGUUGAAUGAUCCCUCAAGAUAAGACUUUAUAGAUGCAAAAUUUAUUUGCUUACUUCAGCUUUAAAAUCAUGAGAACAGAACUAUUUGUCAUUAGACAUUUUGCUUCUUCCUAAAUCUUAAGCAGUUAUAUAGUUGUUAAUUCCAAGAAAUCUUCCAAUCUUCAUGUAAUGCUAAUGACAUGCAGAGGAGCAUUCUUUUCAAAUUGUGGUUAGCUAACACUUGCAUUUAUAUAGUUGUUCUAUAUUCCAUCCAAGAUUUACUUGAUAUUUAACUGCUGCAUAAUAUGAGAUAGUGUAAUAUUUUGAAGAUUACUACAACAUAUUUGUAACAAAUGGUUGCAGGAGUUUUAUCCUGCAUAUGAAUCAGGGAAUAUCAAGCACUAACAUCCACCUCAGAAAAUGUGAGUGUAUUUGUCAGUGUAUAUAGUAUUAAGCAGACCCUUGUGAAUAGGCUGAAGGGUGUUCUAUAGCAUUACAAUGCACCCAAUAUAUAUCUGUACAUUUUGUCAUCCAUUUCAGUGACACAUGUAGUGACCCAAUACAGAGCUCUUAUGAUGGGCGUUGUUGUGAUCAACCUUGAGAAACACUGGACUUGGUUUGUUCAUAGUCAGGCAUUAGACUGAGGUGCAGCUGCUGCCAUACAUACAUAGUCAGACAUUGUCACUCACUCUUUGUUGAAUAAAUUUAAUUUUUGUUUCUACAUUGUGUGUGAGAUAUCUUGUAUUAGUAUAGGAAGUGAUAUGGCAUAACUAUGUAAUUAACUGAAUAUUGACUUUGCCUUUAGGAUUGCCCUCCUCUUAUCCAUCAUAGGCCAUAGGGAUUGAUCCAGACACUGAUUGCUGACAGCCAUAUGUGUGUAGUAAGAUCCUGUCCAUGUUUCUGUUAUGAAAGGAGAAUCAAAAUGCUACUAAUGUUGUGCUAACCAGUGAGUUCAUAUAGUAUGCUUGAGCCUAUGUGGGUGAGUCAGUAGAAUUCUAAAGCUUGCAUGCUUACUUCAGGUAAGAAUGGAAUUUUCAAUUGUAUGAUUUUUAACUUAGCCUUGAAGAAUGCUUUAAUACAUUGCAGUGUGUGCCAUGUGAUGCUCAGUGUGAGCACUCAUUAUAUGAAUCAUAAGUGUGAGGAUCAUUUAAUUUUUUGUUGGUUUGAAUAAGAAGAGUAGAAUUUAUUUAUAUGUGUGCAUACUAAAUGUUUUGUCAAGGCAGGUGUUUUUACAACACUAAUGAUAAAGGGAAAUAUUCAGCUUGAGGGCUGAAAUCUUUGAGGACAACAGGGGAAUUAAUUGCAUUCUCACUAUCUUAGUCAAAAGAGUGUUUAGUGCCAAAUGUGUAUGCUUCACUCAGAUAUUUGAGUUUUUGUGAUGUAAGAGAUUUGAAAAGAGUUAUUCAUUCACCAAUUCUUUGAGAUGGAACAAUACUAGUUUUGGUCCACUGCAGGACAAGGGAGUUCAAGCUAGAGAAGCAUACCAGUAAGAAUGGGACAAUUAGCCUAGUUUUGUCCAGAGGCUGAGGUGUUCUUGGCCACCACACUACAUGGCCAGCAAGUUUGUGCCACCAUGGUGGUUGUGAAAAGAAGUGUGUGCCAGAAGAAUAUAUAAUUACAAUGUACAGUAAAGUGUCACCUCAUCAGAUUAACAAGAAAGAAUCAUGAGAAAAGUUAGAUGAUUUGAUGCCAGAUCUUUGACCGUCCUAUUCUCAGUACACCACCUUGACACUGACAGCAUCUAUAAUUCUAGAUACUCUGCAAUCUAACAUUCUUGCUGGCAUUAUUACUAAACAGCUGGUGUACAGUACUAGCCACCUUCACAUCCUACCCUAAACAAAACCUUUUAAUUCUAUUUUCCUUUACAAAUCAUGUUUUCCUAAUUGUGAUAUAAAUGGAUCUGUCAAAUUCUAAGCUGACUGUUGUGGUGCUUCUUGUAUCAUCCUUACACAAGAAUUGUGUAGAAUAUUAGUUGUGAAGCAGUCCAAUAAUGUCUCAUCCUGGACCUUUAGCACAGUAGAAAGCUUACUGAGUUGGUAUGGAACUUUGAUUUCUAUCAACAUUUUUAGGAACUUCUGUAACUUAUGUAACUUUUGUAUACUACUUUAAGUGAACCAAUAUAAUACCUGUUAAAAAGUCAUCCUUUUAGAGUAUUGUUAAAACAAUGAAGACACUGUUGUUGAUAAAGUGAGGUUUUACUGUAAUGCUGAAGAUGGCAGGCCAUUGUUAUAGACUUUGUGCAGUUUUAUUACCCAGCUGAGCUGAUUGAAACCCAUUGCCUGCAUGUGUGUGUGUGUGUGUGUGUGUGUGUGUGUAUAAAAAGCAAGCUACGUGAAGGCCACAGUAACUGUCAGGUGCCUGGUUUGGAUUGACUCACUUCAAAUGUUCAGACAAAGAAUCCCAUGCAUCAGAUGUGCAGAGAGUCAAUUGUCUGCCUGAGAAUGAGUUCUCCCAGUAGCACAGCAAGUGGGUAUUUAACCUGGAUUUCUCAUUUUUCUAGUCAUUAUGAGGCAUCGAUCCCCUUUAUUAGUCGAAAACUUUUCAUUACCCCAAUGAAUAUUUAGCUUUGUGUUCAUGAUAUGCAUUGUGACUCCUGGAUUGUGAUAAUGUUAUGGUUGCACCAGUACUAUACAUUGUACUUUUUAGUAAACUUUUCUACAGAUAUAUCUCAAUUUGGGCUUCUUACAAGUGAGUUUGUUAAUUUAGAUUCCCUUCAGUGUAACUUUCAUACUGAAUUCUAUUGUAAUAUUGUAAAUCUUAUUUUAUGUGGAAUUUGCAUAAAUAGGAAGACUAUAUAUAACUAGUGAAAUCUGCAGUGAGUGAGGGAAAUGUUAGUCUCUCUCUCUCUCUCUCUCUCUCUCUCUCUCUCUCUCUCUCUCUCUCUCUCUCUCUCUCUCUCUCUCUCUCUCUCUCUCUCUCUCUCUCUCUCUCUCUAAUGCUUGUUGUGGUUGAUGCAGAAACACUCACAAGGCAGGACUGACAUAUGUGAGGUAUCUUAUGGUCUAUUCAGUUAAGUUUUGUCUUUCCAGACUAUAAGAUCUGGGCUUGAAUAUUGGUCAUGUUUACCUCUCUAGUAAUGGCUUAAUUUUGCAUUGUUUCGUAACAGGAAACAUUUAAUCAUGACAUAUCCUCUCUCUCUCUCUCUCUCUCUCUCUCUCUCUCUCUCUCUCUCUCUCUCUCUCUCUCUCUCUCUCUCUCUCUCUCUCUCUCUCUCUCUCUCUCUCUCUCUCUACUAUUGUUCAUGAAUGCAAACUGGAAAGAGAUACACUUCUAAAGUUAGUCAAAGUCUGAAGUAACUAAAGAAUCUGAAGAAAUGUGAUCCGUAUAGUAUAACACAUCACAUUAAGAGUCUUUUGGACAGGUACUUGAUAUUCUUCUGUAAUUAUUUUGGAAGGAAAGGACCAGACACACUUCAAGUUGUGCCACAGUUCAGCAGCAUUACUGUAGACUUUUAUAUCUCAUAUUUCACUAGACUUUCUUGCUGCAAUUCUUCAUGCAUAAUUCAUAUUUGCAUUUUUUUUUACUUGUUUAGAAAUUUAUUUACUUUGAUUAUGCCUUAAAUAGUGCCUUUUGUACACUACUACAGACUGACUAAGAUAAAGAGAUUUAUGUUGA